AUGUUGGGACCCAGUCAGACCAGCCAAGUAACAGAUGCAGUUCCUCUCAGCAAUAAUACUGUCUCCAAAAGGAUUGAUGAAAUGGGAGCGAAUGUCGAAGAUGUUCUCUGCAACAAAUUGAAAAGCAAAGAGUUUACUAUGCAACUUGACGUGACUACCCUGAGUGACUGCACAGCUUUGCUGCUGUCAUAUGUUCGAUUAAUUGACGACAAUGGAGAAAUAGCCGAGGAAAUGCUGUUUGCUAGAAGUUUGAUUACUGAUACAAAAUGA